AUGUCGUCUACAGUAUCACCAGCCACAUAUUCUGCGACUUGCAGUGAAGCUACCGGUGACUUGACGACACUGGGACUGCUUCAACAAGGUGCCCGAGUGCUGGUGGUUGGCGAUGGCAACUUCUCCUACUCGCGAGCGUACCUGCGUGCCAACAGCGCUCGCAUCGGAGCAUCCGAGAUAGACGUUACCGUCACAUCACUGGACACUAAGAGCCAAUUAAUGGAUAUGUAUCCAAAGUCUCGCGACAUUCUAGACGAGCUACACGAUGGCGGAGUUCACGUUCGACAUGGUGUGAAUGCUACAAAGCUUGAAAGCUACUCGUUUGAAGAUAACGAGCCCAUUAAAUUCGACAGGAUCGUGUUUAACUUCCCGCAUUAUGCAGCGGAAGGAGGCAUAGGCAACAAGAACAAGCGCAACAAGAUCCAUCACCACCGUCAACUUCUCGGUGACUUUUUUGCCAGUGCAAGCCACGUGCUGGCAAGCGACGGUCAAAUUUGGGUGACGUUGUGUGCAGGACAGGGAGGCACGAGGCUGGAGAGGAAGACACGAGCAGUGGGAGAUACGUGGCAGAUUGUUCACUGUGCUGCUGAUGCAGGUUUAAAAGCGUUCUGGACAGAAGACGGCAUCUCGCAUGUAUUCCGUCACGAAGCUCCGGGUCGCAAGGCCUGUUUCCCCAUCGAGUGGACGCGCGACAUGAGUUUCUGGGUCACGGACGAGCAAAUGUUCACUGAAGAGCUAUUGCAUGACGUCGUGCACAAGCAUUUCUCUCCUGACACAAUGGAUGUAUCCAUCUCAUUGCUGGACGAGUAUCGAUGCGAGAAGAGCGGCCGCAAGUCAGUCACGUACCGUCUCGACAUCUCGUCUUCAAGCUUGGCACUAUCUCGAGACCGUGUCAAUACGUUGGCACAAGCGACGCUCUCGGAUAUUGGAAGCUCGUCUUUCGGCGCUUUUCGCGCAAAAUGA